CUUUCCUUGAUUUGUUUUUGGACAGAGGGCUCUCCCCUCUCUGACCGUCUCUUUCUCUCCCCCCAUUGUUGCUUAAUCUUUGAGCUUUGUGUAGGAGUCUUUACAGUGAGAUUUUACAAAAGUUUUGUAAAUAAAAGUGAGAGAGCUCGUCGUACUCUUCGCAACGGUAGUCUCGGAUUCAUGAUCAGACAAGCUUUGCAUUUUCAGAUUUGCUUUUCUUCAUAUUUUGAGACUGAACAUACAAGUUAUUAAUUCAUUUGGUAGAGCGUUGUCUUUGUUCCUAGACUACUGCUGUGAAAGUCCAAAAAGCCUGCCUCAUCAUCAAUGCUUCGGUUUUCUUAUCACGUUUUCUUGAGCUUUAGGGGUGAAGAUACUCGCAGGACAUUCACUGAUCACCUUUACACAGCUUUAGUGCAUGCAGGGAUCCACACGUUUAGAGAUGAUGACGAACUUGAGAGAGGAGAGGAUAUUGAAUCAAACCUAAAGAAGGCAAUCCAACAGUCAAGAAUUUCAAUAAUCGUCUUGUCAAAAGACUAUGCAUCUUCUAAGUGGUGCCUUAAUGAACUUGUGAAGAUACUUGAACGCAAGAGAACUGUCAAUCAUAUAAUACUUCCUGUAUUCUUCCACGUGGCUCCAUCCCAUGUCAAGAACCAAACAGGGAGCUUUGCAGAAGCAUUUGAAAAACACAAGAUGGGAUUUGAAGCAGAGACCGAUGACAGAAAACAAGAGAGGCUUGCAAAGGUAGAGACAUGGAGGGAAGCUCUGAGUGAAGUUGCGGAUUUGCCAGGGAUGAUCUUAGAAGAUGGGCAUGAGUCAAGAUUUAUUCAGAAAAUUGUGAAGGAGAUUGCGAAUAAAUUGAAUCGCAGAGUCUUGAGUGUAGGCCCCUACCAAAUUGGAAUUAAUUCUCGUAUAGAAGAGAUUAAUUCCUGGUUACAAGAUGAGGCAACUGUUGUUGGCAUUGUGACUCAUAGGAUUCCAGUUUAUAAUCUUAACUUCGACAAAUUUGAAGGUAGCAGUUUUCUUGCAAAUAUUAAGGAAAUAUCAGAACAACACGAUGGCUUGGUUUGUUUGCAAAGAAAGCUACUUCAGGAUAUUUUGAAAGGGAAACAUACAAAAAUUCGCAGUGUUGAUGAAGGUAUUAGUAAGAUCAAAGGUGCUAUAUGCUGUAAAAGAGUUUUUCUUGUGCUUGAUGACGUGGAUGAAGUGGAGCAAUUAAAUGCGGUACUCAUGAUGCAAGAUUGGUUUUCUCCGGGAAGUAAAAUUAUCAUAACAACUAGACGUGAGCGGUUGCUAACGGCACAAAAACUUUGUAAGGUACAUAAGGUUAAGGAGCUAAAUGAUGAUGAAUCACUUGAGCUCUUCAGUUUGCAUGCCUUUCAACAAGACCAUCCAAUUGAAGGUUACGUGGAGCACUCAAAAAGAGUAGUGCAGUACUGCAGAGGGCUGCCUUUAGCUCUUCAAGUUUUGGGCUCUUCUCUAUACGACAGAAAUAUAGAUGUGUGGGAAAGUGCAUUAAAGAAAUUGGAAGCAAUUCCUGAUAGCCAAAUCCUUAAAAAACUUAAAAUAAGUUAUGACUCUUUAGAUGACCAUGACAGAAAUCUAUUCCUAGAUGUUGCUUGUUUCUUUGUUAGAAAAGACAGAGACUUCAUUAUUUCAAUACUAGAUGGAUGUGAUUUCCACACAAGAGUAGGGAUUGACAAUCUCAUUGAUAGAUGCCUCUUAACAAUUGAUGAAAAUAACAAGCUAAUGACGCAUCAGUUGCUUCAAGCCAUGGCACGAGAAGUAAUACGACAAGAGUCACCUGAGGAACCUGACAAAAGAAGCAGACUGUGGCAUCAUAAGGAUUCUUUCAAUGUAUUAAUUGAGAAAAGUGGGACCGAAACAAUUGAAGGUCUCAUCCUUAACAUUCAUGCAUCAAACCAAGAUAACUUAUCCUGGGGGGUAAAUAAUUUUAAAAGACACCAUUCUGGUGACUUUCUUGAUGUGUCAACAAUGCUCUAUGAAGGUCAUCCAUCAAAGCGACGUCGUCUAAGCUUCUUGUCUCGCCUCCCCAUAUAUUCUACCUUCAUAGAUUCAUUUGUCACAUCAAAAGACGUAAACAUACAAACUGAUGCGUUUUCAAGAAUGUGCAAAUUGAGACUACUUCAACUCAGUAAUGUACGGCUCACAGGGCAAUAUGAGGUAUUUCCCAAGAAAUUGAGAUGGUUGUGUUGGCGUGGUUACCCUUCGAAAUAUAUACCCAAUGAGUUUCCUUUGGAGAGCUUGGUUGCACUUGACAUGCGCUAUGGCAGACUGGAAAGAUUUUGGAGGGGAACAAAGUUGCUCAAAUUACUGAAAAUCCUCAACCUCAGUCAUUCCCACCGGCUGACCAAUACCCCUGACUUCUCAGAAAUUCCUAAUUUGGAGAGACUAAUUCUUAAAGAUUGCACAAAUCUGAUUGAGGUUCAUGAAUCCAUUGGAGAAUUACGGGGACUUGUUUUGUUGAAUCUAGAAGACUGCAAAAGACUUAGGAAGCUUCCACAACAAAUUGGUCACCUGAAAUCCCUUAGAAAGCUCAUCAUCUCUGGUUGCUCAAAGCUCAAUCAGUUCCCUAUAGAGUUGAGCAACUUGGAAUCUUUGACAGUGUUCCAUGCAAACAGAACUGCUAUAUGUCAAUCACUGUCAACCACUGGCGAGGACAAGUUGUGGUACUCAUUCUUUUGGCCACGGAUAUUGAAACCAGAGAAGUGUCCAAAUUCCAUCAAUUUUCCAUUGGCUUCCUUAUCACGCUCCUUAGUAAGCUUAAGUCUUGCGUACUGCAAUCUACCAGACGAUGCCAUUCCUAGGGAUAUUGGUGGCCUGUCCUUGUUGCAAAGCUUGAAUCUGACAGGGAAUCCAAUUUGUAGUCUACCAGAUUGCAUCAAUUGUCUUACUAUGCUCCAAUCACUUCGUUUAAAUAGUUGCACUAGACUCCAAUCCCUUCCAGAGCUUCCAAUGAGUUUAAGUGACUUGGAUUUACACACAUGCGAGUCUUUAGAAGUGGUAACAAAUCUACCAAACCUGUUGAGAUCACUGGACUUGCUUAUAAAUCUUUGCAGCAAUCUAGUUGAAGUUCAGGGAUUGUUCAAGUUAGUACCCAUUGUAAACAUUGAUGUGGAAAUGAUAAACAAAUUGGGAUUGUUCAACUUGGAUGUCAUAGGAAAAGUUGAGGUGGAAAUGUAUAAUAACCUGACACUUACAAAAAGGAAACUUCCCCUCCAGGGACUCUAUGAAUUUAACAUAUUCAGCACUUCUCUUCCGGGAAGUGAGGUUCCAAGGUGGUUUAGCAUUAAGAGCACAGGGUCCUCAAUUUGUUUUAAAGUGCCUUCACAUCCGAAUCUUAAUAUCCAAGGUUUGAAUGUUUGUGUUGUGAUUGCAACUGCCGAAAAAAGGUCCAAUGAUCCAAGAGAUGAGCACUGGAAUGAGUUUUAUAUUAAAACCAGUAACAAGACGAAGGGUUUGAAAUGGGUCUACAGCCCAACAAUCAUGGGCCUUCCAAAUGGAAGAGGCUAUAAAAACAUGACAUGGUUGAGCCAUUGGAACAUUGGGAAUCAAUUGGAAAGUGGUGAUGAAGUGGAUGUUUCAGUGUUUCUGUGGAAUGCAGUUGAGCUAAAAAACUUUGGCAUUCAUGUUGUGUAUGAACAAGAAAAGAAGGGUACCCAACAGAUCACCGCUCCUCAUCAAAAUGUGAUUGAUCAAGAUUUAUCAGCAUAUCAGGUAAGAACGGGCAUGUACUUCCUUUGCCAUCAUGAUUUUGAUAUCCAGCAAAGCUUCUCAAACGAUGAUGAAUGGACUACAAAGGGCUGGUAUGACUUAUUCUUUGGAGACUCUUUACCACCCAGAGCUGAGUUACCCUGACCAACAUAAGGCAAAUCCUUAGCCUCCUUGUGAUGUAAAGAUGCUAGAGGCUACUAUGAGGCAGAUGCCAAGCUUCCAAAGAGAGCUUUUGCAGAUGAUAGUAGUCAGAGGAACAUGCAGAAGCAAUGGUGGUUCCAGCGCUUGAACAUGGGCUUGUGCAUCCAAACAAAGCAGAAGUCAACUUGUUCUCUAUGCACCUGUUGUAUUUGCUGAUAAAUACUUAUUGUUUGACAUGUCUUCCAAUCAGUGUGAGUCUUUGUUUAUAUUAAAUUUAUUCUUUUGGUCAAA